CAUAUAUAUAUAUAUAUAUAUAAUAUUUAUUUUUAUUUUUUUUUGGAGAGAAAAACAAGAGCUCCUUUUCUCUAUACCUUCUCUAUUUUCUCUUUCACAGGUGUCAGCUGUGAUGCAUGUUUAAAAGGAAAUUUUCGAGGUCGAAGAUACAAGUGUUUAAUUUGCUACGAUUACGAUCUUUGUGCAUCUUGUUAUGAAAGUGGUGCGACAACAACAAGGCAUACAACUGACCAUCCAAUGCAGUGUAUACUAACAAGGGUAGAUUUCGAUUUAUACUAUGGUGGAGAAGCUUUCUCAGUAGAGCAGCCGCAGUCUUUUACUUGUCCCUAUUGUGGAAAAAUGGGUUAUACGGAGACAUCUCUUCAAGAACAUGUUACUUCUGAACAUGCAGAAACAUCAACAGAAGUGAUUUGUCCAAUCUGUGCAGCAUUACCUGGCGGAGAUCCUAAUCAUGUCACAGAUGAUUUUGCAGCUCAUCUCACACUUGAACACAGAGCCCCUAGAGAUUUAGAUGAAUCGAGUGGUGUUCGACAUGUACGUAGAAUGUUUCACCCUGGCCGGGGACUGGGAGGUCCUCGGGCCCGUAGAUCAAACAUGCACUUUACUAGCAGUUCUACUGGUGGGCUUUCUUCUUCGCAGAGUUCGUAUUCUCCAAGCAAUAGGGAAGCCAUGGAUCCUAUCGCUGAGCUUUUAUCUCAGUUAUCAGGAGUGAGACGUUCUGCGGGAGGACAACUCAAUUCUUCUGGCCCCUCGGCUUCUCAGUUACAACAGCUGCAGAUGCAGCUGCAGCUAGAACGCCAGCACGCACAGGCAGCACGACAACAGCUGGAGACGGCCCGCAAUGCAACCCGACGCACCAACGCGAGCAGCGUCACCACCACGAUUACACAAUCGACAGCCACAACCAACACGACAAACACAGAGAAUAGUCAGCAAACGAUCCAGAAUUCCCAGUUUCUUCUUACGAGGUUAAAUGAUCCUAAGAUGUCCGAAGCCGAGCGUCAGUCCAUGGAAAGCGAGCGGGCAGACCGUAGCCUGUUUGUCCAGGAGCUUCUACUGUCCACUUUGAUGCGGGAAGAAAGUUCCUCCUCAGAUGAGGAUGAACGGGGGGAAAUUGCCGAUUUUGGUGCUAUGGGCUGUGUAGAUAUUAUGCCUUUAGAUGUUGCUUUAGAAAACCUAAAUUUAAAAGAGAGUAAUAAAGGGAAUGAGCCUCCACCACCUCCUCUUUGAUGACACCCCAAUUUGCAGACAGUGUCCUCUGUGCUGUAUUUGCCAAUGAAAGUGGACAACAACUAUCUUGGGUUUGUUUUGGUGAUUGUAAUUUCAGGUCUGUCACUCUUGUUACAUUGUGUACAUUCAAAAGGAAGAGAGAAAAAAAUAUAUAUGAUAAUCAUUUCCACUUAACUAAUUUUUACUUCUAGCAGGUAAAUGUAGGUAGCAGUGCAGGGGUGAUCCUGCUUCCUGUACCUUGACAUGCAAAAGGCUCCUAAUACUCCACAUUCAAACUGAAGAGGAAAAUUGAAAUCUCUAAUGAAGCUGCUGUGUGUAUUUAUGAAUAUUAAUGAAUAAAAACUGCUUGGAUGGUUUACCUUAACUACUGCAUGAGGUUUUUUGCAGCGUGCAUGAGUUUUAGUGACCUUGUCAUUUAAAAACUUAAAUACAAGGAGUAAAACUAUAUGAGACCCAAAGCUUUCCCCAACAUUAUUCAAAGGUUACACGACCUAAGAGUGAGUGUGCGCUAGCCGUUUGUAGCCAUGAAGUAGCUUUUGAAUAAUGUCCUAACAUCUGACUGAACCAGCCCCUUCCUUUCUGUGCCUCGAGCACCUGCCGCCAGCUGUGCAGCGGAGUGGGCCCUUUGCAGGGCGAAGCCCCCUCGCCCCGGGUUCUGGUCCGCUUGGCUGCCCACGUGGAGUCCGGCCUCUUUAAAUGCAUCCGAGAAGAAGCCCCAGGAAAGCUACUGUCGAAAUCUGCUGCAAGGGCGUCUGUGUGCCCUCAGAAUCAAAUCCUGUUCAUAUUUGUUUAAAGUUUUUACUUUUUUUGUGGUUGUUUCAAAAUUUUCAAUUGUUAAAUAUGUUUUAUUCAGGUGUAGAUGAAUUCAUUUAUUCACUGUUCAACAAAGUUAACCUGGAUUAUGUUGUCUUAGUUUUUUUAAAAGCCUCACCUUCUCAAUCAUAUUUUGAGUUAUUUAUGUAUUUGCUUCUAGUUCGCGAAGAUUCUGUCAGUACCGGGGAAGCUUGAGGAUUUGCCUUCCCAGACUUUGUCAAUAUAUUACAACUGAAUUCUUAAUGCUAACCUUAGCACCUUCUAUUUAUUGGGGUUUUCUGGCAUAAAAAGUAAAAGCCUUUUAAUUGAAUCAUGCCACCUAUAUGCCUAUAUUAUUAAUCCUCUGUGUAAAAAAAAAAGGAAAAAAUGUAUAGCAGUUUGGGUUUGUUUGGUUUUUUUUUUUUUUUUUGAUUUUGUUUUUGUUUUUUGUUGUGCAUAGACUUUCAUAAUAUACCUGAGGCAGGGACAGCAGUUGGGAUAGGGGUGGUGAGGUUGGCAGGGAUGGGGAGGGAAUUUUUUUGGAAUGUAAAUUUAGGACAUUAAACAAAGUUCGCACAGCUUCUGAGAAAUUUACAACUAGGCUUCUCCAUAAUCAUGUCUUUUUCCAGUUCCCUUUUCUCUCUCCCUUUCUCUCCUUCUCUUGCCAUCCUUUACUUGCCUUCUUUUUCUGUGUCCUUCCAUUUCUGUAAUGAUUCAAACAUUUAGAAUUAAAUUACAGACUUGAAUACCCACUGGUGUUCUUAAGAGAACUGUGACGUGUUUGUUAAUCUAAAGCAACCAAAAAAAAAAAAAAAAAAAAAAA